CAUCUCAGUGUAUAAAACCAGCCGCAGAGAAAUCUCAGCAUCAUUGCCUGUUAUCUGCUGUCACGUACUUGUUUUAAAAUAGCCUUGGGUUGUGCAAGUGAUAUCUGCAGGCUUCUCGCCUUUCACAUUUAAGAGAACAGAAACAGGUGGAAACAAAUGGAUGCGAUUUUGAACUGCAGACUGGAGGAAAUGGAAGAUUAUUACAGCUUGUUAGGCUGUGAUGAAUUGUCCACAGUGGAACAGAUUGCUGCAGAAUUUAAGGUGAGAGCACGUGAGUGCCAUCCUGACAAGCAUCCUGCAAACCCACAAGCUGUGGAAAAAUUUCAGCAGCUGCAGCAAGCCAAAGAGAUUUUGACCAAUGAAGACAGCCGAGUCCGUUACGAUUACUGGCGGAGAAGCAAAAUUGCCAUCCCAUUCCAGCAGUGGGAGGCUUUGAGCAACUCUAUCAAAACAUCAAUGCACUGGGCUGUCAAAGGCAAAAAAGAGCCAAUGCUAGAAGCUCCUGGUUUACCUCUAAACGAUAAGAAGGCUGGUGAUUUUUCCCAGAAGGAAGAACAUAACCACGGAGAAUUGUUAGAUGACAAAAAGGAGCUGGAAGGUUUUGCUCCCUCUGAUGAUAUCUCACCAAAGAGCCCUGAUACUCCUGGAUUUUCUGAUCUAAACUGUUGGCAUUUACGUUUCCGCUGGUCGGGUGAAACGCCAUCUGAACUCCUGCGCAAAUUCAGGAACUAUGAAAUAUGAAGCAGAGGACGAGAUGUGUGUAGAUGACCAAAUAAGUGUUGAACCUUGUGUUCACCAUUUCAGUAUUUUCAUAUAUGUUUAUGCCAACAAAUAUUAUUUUUCCAUUCUAUACUUUGGUACUGCAAUCAUUGCCUUGUGAACGAUUUCCAUAUCAAAGAUUGCUUCUGUUUUGACUUGUGCACUUUAGCUGUAUAUUUAUUCUUUACUAGCAUGCCUACUAUAUGGAUCGUGCCUUUUAGCAACUUUUUAUUGAAGUUCAUAUUUAUCAUAUACAUGAUUUAUUCGCUGAGGCCAGAAAAGUACUUACAGCAGCCUGUAGACUUUGUAUUCCCAGGGUCUUUGGCUCUUCACUUCUGUCAGCCUCAGGGCCCUUCUACAUUGCCAUAUAAAAUCCACAUUAUCUGCUUCGAACUGGAUUAUAUGGCAGUGUAGACUCAUAUAAUCCCAUUCAAAACAGAUAAUGUGGAUUAUCUGAUUUGAUAAUCUGGAUUAUAUGGCAGUGUAGAAAGGGUCUUAGUUAUCCAAAUACUCUUAAAUGAUAAGUUGCCAGAUAUAUCUAAUUGUGCAAAUGCCGAAGAAUGGCGGUUUUGUGUUGUAGCGGAAACCAGACUUCCCCUCUUCUCGGCUUGUGUGUCUGUGCGGACGCAGUGGAAGUAGGAGACAGACAACUGGAGGUUUUUUCCAAAGAAAGCAGUUUACUAAAAGUUUCCUGCAGCUGCAGAGGUUCAUCCCACGCACAACUAGAUGCUGAAAAGGGAGAACCCCGCAGACAGGGUCGAGUGUCUAUUUAUACAAUUCAGUGGGUUCAGUUUACGACCGCCCACAUAUCAAACCAUUGGUGCAUAUUUGUGGUGCAGUAUUACAUUUCAUUACUUUCGUUUCUCUCAAAACACAUGAUUUCAGGGAAACCAUGUGUUAACUCAUCGGCUGUGUUCCUGGCCUGCUCGUACCUCCUUAUAUGGCCAUUUCCUCCUACCCCUUCAUUCCUGCCUUAUUCCCCCAUUUUUUUUUUUUUUGCGAAGCGUGUAUACAAAAGCUGAAGCAAACUAAAUGAGCAGACUUAUGGGUCCCUCCAAUCCCUUCUAGCUUGCAGCCAAGCUAUCUUUUCAGUGGAAAAUGAGCGCAGAAUAGCAUUUGUACAUAGUUUCAUCACCAGAGGUAAACAACACAUGAGGAUUAAAAAUAUUAAUCAGGUUUUAGAAAGGACAUAGUCCACAGUAGAAUUCUGAUCUAGCCCAGUCAUUUGGCUUCUUCCGAUGAUGGAUUUGUUGCUAUGGCCAGAGGUGGCCAUUCACAUACAUGUCCAACUUUCAGGUCUUUUCAGUCUUUGGCAUAAAGUCAAACUGGGGAUGUGUUUCCUCUUCCUUGAUCAAAGGAAUAAUGUUCAGUUAAUUUGAAGAAAGUCUCUUUGUCCAAUCAAGUCUCUAGUCUCUAAGAAUUGUCUCUGUGUAAAGAAAAAGUCUGUAAAGAAAAUCUCCAUCUCUUACAGGGCUUUAGCUGUCAUACUUAGUAUACCCAGCGUGUGGGUGGGGUAGACUUAAACUGUUUUGGAUUCCAAAACAGGCCUUCCAGUAAUAAUGCCUUAUGGAUCUCCAUUUUUGGAAAACAGGCCUCUCAGUAACAAUGCCUUAUGGAUCUCCAAUUUAGGAACAGGAGUCCAAAAAAAAAAAAAAAGCUGAAAAAGAAAGCAGGAAGACAGUGAGAGAGAAUGGGGGAGGGGGAACGGAUUACCCAUCUGUCGAUCAUCCUGUUCGGCAUCACUUUUGUCUCAGCCAAUCUUGUUGAAAUCCCUUGUCUCUCCACGGGUGGGGCAGGUAGGCCACUAUUCAGCUCCCAAACGACCCCUCCAUGGCCUCUUGAGAAAUGAUUCCUCCAUGGGCCUUCUUUCGCGAUCUGCAGUAAUCCUUUUUACUCUGGUCCUGCUGCAAUGGUUAACUUAUUUUAUUCUUUGUCACAUUGCCUCCGUGCUAUAUCCUCCUUUUGGCUUAAAAAGCAAGGUUGUUAGAUGGCAUAUGAAAAAGUCCCUCAUUGUCUCUCAAAUCCGUCAAAAAUCCGAAUUAUUUGCAAUGUCCCAUUACAAAAGGUCCUAUCCAGGAGAGUUGGGUCAAAAUAGAAAAUUGUAUGUUGUUGAGUUGGUCAGCCCUUACAGCCUCCAGCCUGAUGCCACACUCCAUCACAGCCUUAGCACUCAGCAACACCUAUAGGCCCUCCCAGGCCUCUCAAUAAACAUGUCUCAUAGACUUCUGGGUUUAUCCCAUACAGGAGUUCAGGACCUGUAGCAAAAAACAAUGAGAGGGAAAAGAAGGGGAGGGAAAUACUCAUCCUUCCAGGCUGUAUGGCUCUUGAAGCACUCUCUCUAGUCGUUUCGCUCACAUCCAAGGCAGGCCUCCUCAGAGGUUGUGCCUUUGACAACACACUCAUCUGUCUUGAAAUCCAACAAAAUCUUUCUUCUCUGCAUCUUUUUCUUUUCCUUUCCGCAAACGAUUUAACAAUCGUGUAUCCACUUGCUGCAAUGCAAUCUUCCACUCCAGUCCUGCUGCAGUGUUAAACUUACUCAAUUCCCCUUUUACACCGACUCGUUGAACAGCUCAAAAUUUGUUAGUAACACACGUUGAAAAGCCUCCUGCCGCUUCUCAAAUCUGGCAAAAUCCAGGCUGGGGGCGAUGGAAAAAAAUGCCCCUAUUUGCAUGAUCUAAUGUCCCGUUUACAAAAGUCCUAGUCCUUCCUUUCCGUAACCUUUAGAAAGAGUUGGGCCAAAAUCACAAAGUCCAGAAUCCAAAUCUCACAAAAUUAUUAUGAAGCAACAUGAGACGUAGCCAAUUAUAUCAUGUCUUUGGUUCUCAAAAGGAUAACUUUUUAUCACUUGGGCACUAGCUCCCUUUUUGAAUAAAAUGUCAAUCAAAAAUUUAAAAAUCAAUGUCAGUUCUUAAUCCUUCUGUGUCAGGAAUAUGGGGUCAAUUUUUUUUCAAAAACAAAUAUAUAUAUAUAUUUUUUCUUGCACUGCCAACUUGUGACAGUUUUCCAUACAAAGUCUCUACAACCAAUAACUCCUCUCCUUGUAUUCCAAAGUGCUGCAAAAAAAAAAAGAACCUCCAACAUUUCCCUAUAACCUGUAAGGGGUUUAAAGUCUGUAGCACCAUGUUCUCUAAAAACACUGAAGCAUUGUUCUUUCAAAACAAGGAUUUUUUUUUUUCAAGCCUAAGACCAUUUUUUUUCCAAAAAAAAAAUAUCUACAGCUUCCGAAUUGCUUCUGAACAAAUCUACUAACAUUGUUUAUAACUCUUUAUGCAUUUUGAAUUCAACACAUACAUCUCAUUCACACAAGGUCCACAGGAAUUCUGAUUAGUGGUUAGUUGUUUAGAUAAAGUCACACACUCUAUCUCAGCUCAUGAAACAUUCUCACCCAGUUGUCCCAAAAUAAGUCCAAAAGCAAGGAUUUAAGAUCCAGGUGAAAGACAGAACCCCAAUAUAUAUAUAUAUAUACACACAUUUACAUCAUCAUUUUCUUUCUUUCUUUUUUUCAUAUUAAAUUCACAUUACAUUUUUACAGCGGCUUUCAUUGACCUUGGCUGUCCACUGGAAUUCCAUUAUCUUUCUCUGGGCAUUUCGCCUGAGUUUUAACAAGAAUAACAGGGAGUUUUUACCUUGAACUGUUGCCAAGAUUUUCCCACUAUCUUUUUGGCAUGAGGCCCAGGUGCAAAAGAAAACUUUUUAAGAAAACAGCUUUUGUUUCUCAGAAAUAACAAGGAAAAAACUCCUUUUGAAACUCAAUUUUUAACAGCCUCCCUCCCUUUUUCUCGCCUCUCUGCAGCUUGCCAGCAAAAAGCAAACUAACACAGACAGACCCUCUUCGAAUCAGAUUUUUUCAACCGUAAUAAAACAUUUCUAGAUAUUUGUGCUCAACAUUUUUUGUGUAAAUCUAUAGACUCAUUUUUCAUUUUCACUUCAAUAUUACCACGAAACAUGCAGAACUUGAAACUCAUUAUUCCCCACACAUGACAAAGAAAUCAAACAGUUUUUUUUUUUUUUCCCCUUUCCCCGGGAGUUGCGACUCCUCAUGAGCCCUGCACGACUUGGUCUUGGGGCACCCUCACAAGUCUUGUUCUCUGGGGAAUUCCUUCUACGGCUCUACUUGCAACUGAGCCGAAAUUGUCUAACAUACACUGUAAUGGGGUGGUGGAUUUGAACCCACUGCCUCCCAUCCUGCCUAAUAGAGGGGACUGCCUUGGACUGGGCACCUGGACACUCAACGGUGUGUGUCAGGAAUAACAAGACAGAACCCCUUUAUACCUCCCUGGGAACCUUUGUGUCCCUCCCGGCGCUGUUCCCUUAGUGUCUCAUUUUAACCACUAUACUUGCCAGAUUGCUGUAGACGUCGGACCAACCUUCGCCCCUGGACUUUUCCCUGGAUCCUUUUCCCUGCCUGGUUUCUUUGGAACCUCGCUGUCGUUGCGGCUCCCACCGUCGGCCGGCGUUGGCAUCAGAGGCAAGUACCGCAGCCGGUCUUACAAUAUUCAGGGGCCCCUUCUCGUCUCACGGUAGUUGCCUCUGGCCCCCACCGCCGAGUUGGGACCGUCCCGCCAACGGGAUCCGUCUCCGAUCUCCUGGUCCGUCUUAUUGUGGAAUCACGUCGGGGUCACCAGAAAAUGUAGCGGAAACCAGACUUCCCCUCUUCUCGGCUUGUGUGUCUGUGCGGACGCAGUGGAAGUAGGAGACAGACAACUGGAGGUUUUUUCCAAAGAAAGCAGUUUACUAAAAGUUUCCUGCAGCUGCAGAGGUUCAUCCCACGCACAACUAGAUGCUGAAAAGGGAGAACCCCGCAGACAGGGUCGAGUGUCUAUUUAUACAAUUCAGUGGGUUCAGUUUACGACCGCCCACAUAUCAAACCAUUGGUGCAUAUUUGUGGUGCAGUAUUACAUUUCAUUACUUUCGUUUCUCUCAAAACACAUGAUUUCAGGGAAACCAUGUGUUAACUCAUCGGCUGUGUUCCUGGCCUGCUCGUACCUCCUUAUAUGGCCAUUUCCUCCUACCCCUUCAUUCCUGCCUUAGUGUGAUAAAGUUCCAAAACAAAAAAAGAAAAUCAAAUACAGGUGAGGAAAAAAUGACAGAUUUUAUAAUAAAUGUGCCAAAUGUUUGACUCUCAGAUGUUUGUUCAUGGUUCUUCAUGUAAUUACCUGUUGUAAAGUUUUCUCUGUUUGCUCUACUUAUAUUGUGCUACUGAAAUUAUUGAAGUAUUUGGGUGCAUCUGUUAUUGCAGAGUAGGGACUAUGUAUGUUCAGUUUCAGCUUUGGGGUUUAGAAUUUCAAUAGGAGUUUCAAAUUGAGUGAAAACCACCCAUUAUUUACUAUUGAGCCUUGAUAAUAAUAUAAUAAUAAUAACUUUAUUUUUGUACCCCACCUCCAUCUCCCUGAAGGGACUCGGGGCAGCUUUACAUAUAGCACAAGGUGCCUAAAACAAUUCAUAAAAUAAAGACAGUACAAUACAAAAUAAAACCACAAGUAUAUAAAACAACUAUCUGAACUCAGAACACCGCCCAAUAACCUAUGGUGUCAUCUUUCAUAAACACAUGGCCAACUGUAAACAAGAAGAAAGGAAAGGGAUAGUGCUAGGUGUAGCUAAGGAACAAGGGAAUUGGAUAAAUGUGCUGUGCUGUAUAAAUAACAACAACAACAACAACAACAACUACUACUACUACUACUACUACUUUAUUUUUAUAUCCCCCCUCCAUCUCCCUGAAGGGACUCAGGGUGGCUUACAUGGGAACAAGCCCAAUCCAACAAAAUUUAAAACCAAACAUAGAUUAAAACAUAUCUCAAUAGAAGCAACAACAUCAUAAUUGCAGACCAUUGGGCUAGACAUUCUCAAAGGCUUGUCUAAACAUCCAAGUCUUCAAUUCCCUCCAGAAGGAGGAUAGGGUGGGGGCCUGCCUAAUUUCCCUGGGGAGGGCGUUCCAUAGCCAGGGGGCCACCACCGAGAAGGCCCUUCCCCUCGUCCCCACCAACUGUGGUUGUGACGGUGGUGGAACCACGAGAAGGACCUCAAUAUGCUCAUUGUUACCACUAGCAAUAGUAAUACUGUACUUCCCAUCAAGCCUGUCUAUGAUGGCAAGGGCUGAUGAGUGUUGACUUAUAAUAGCCAGCCUGAGAGCCACAUGUCCCCCAUCUUCACUGUACAAGAUACAAACAAUGUCAUUAGCGACAUGUAUAAAAAUUAAGGUAGCUUGCACUUUAUUCCAAUAUCCCAUUCAUAAUGCAGAAUGAGACACCAACAUAUCCACAACUCAAAUUAUGUACAUACAGUGAAAUCCAGUGGUUUGGGCAUUGGACUACAACUUUGGAGAAGGGGGUUUAAGUCCCUGCUCAGACAGCUCUGUAUGUGUAGAAAAGUAGAAAUUGUAUUUAAUUAUGGAUUGAAGAACAUCACCCAUGAAUAUGGAACACUUAUCAGACCUCAGAGCAAAUGUUUUGGGAAUUUCCUUCAGAUAGCGCUUGUACGUUAUAUAUUAUUACAAUUGUACUGGUGACUUCUAUGGAUACUUCUAUUGUAAAACUAUGUAGCCUUGAUUUUUUGUUCUAUUUGAGUAGUUUCAUUUUUUUUAAUAAAGUCAUUUUUUGCCUUAUGAUUUCAA